UCAUCAACCACAAACUGCCUUGGAUCGCUGUCUACGCUCACUUUGGUGUUCCUUUUUUUUCCUUGAUCCCUUCCCCUCACAGCCCCAUUGAUUGAUGGUAUUCAGCGAGUUGCGCAUUCCCGAUGUGGUAGGGAACUGCAGUCGAUUACAUCAUCAGAGUUAGGUCCUUAGCCGUCUCAUCAACGUCCAUCGCCAAACCACAUCGAAAUGUCCGAUUCAGAGAGGUCGCCUCUCCUCUCUGCCACUGGCAGCAGCAAAAUUCCCAAUACUCGAGAACCGGAGGAGCUGUGCGAGUCGACACCGCUUUUGACAGGCUCAACAGCGACACCUCGCUACGAUGGCGACGGGGACGACGCGGACAACUGCGAUGCGGCUUCCAUCGCUUCGCGUGCGCCAGACCUGGCCUCCAUCAAGUCCGCGAGGAUCGCAAUACGAUGGCCAUCAAUCAUUGCCGUGAUUGUCCUGUCGUCCUUCGCGCUCGCUAUCAUGAUUCUGGCCUUCAUUGGUCCAGACGCCGUUGAGGAAUAUGCUAAGCAGGCGGUUGUUAUUGAGCCCACGAAUCUCUCCCUUGUUUCCAUCACCUCCAACGGUGUGCGCGCGAGAAUACAAGCCAAUUUCCAUCUGGACGCACAGCGCGUGGCGAACGAACAUGUCAGGCGGGUUGGCAAGGCCGCGACAUGGUUUGUGGGUGAGCUUGGAACAGAGGAGAGCAAGAUCAAUGUGUUCCUACCCGAGUACAACAAUGUGUUGCUCGUGACUGCCGCUGUUCCCCCAUUGAGGGUCAAGAUCGCAGACGGACGCAACAACGCCUUGGAUUUCGUGGCGGAGCUCACCCCCGGCGAUGCUGAGGGCAUUCGGAUGAUCGCGAACGAGUGGCUGGCAGGGAAGUUGGACAGUGUUCGGGUCCGCGGGCAAGCAGACGUCCAGGUUAGGGCGGGAUUCAUUCCACUCGGCACACACUCCAUCGCCGAGUCUCUCACGUUUGAAGGCAGCAAGUUGCCUCGCAUGCCCGAGUACAACAUCACACGGUUGAACUUCGAUGAAAAGCCCGUUCCGGGCGAGAGCAACUCAAUGGCGGCCGAAGUCACGAUCAAGUCCGUCAACCAGUACCCGAUGUCACUCGAUAUCCCUGAGCUUGGCUUUGAGAUCCUCAUUCCCGGAUGCAGUCCAGUUGAUCCGUCUAUCCUCGUCGCAGACGCCACAACCAGCCGCGUAGCAGUGCGGCCACAUGCAGAAGUUGUAGUUGACGCGCAUGGCCUCAUAAAGAAGUUGCCUGAUUCGCUCACUCAGCUCUGCCCCAACUCCGACUCGUCGCCCUUGGAUAUGCUCUUCAAGAAAUAUCUCGAUGGCGAAGCGGCGACUCUACUCGUCCGUGGCCAAAAGCAGCCGGCUGGCGAAACGCCGGACUGGAUUGCAGAGAUCUUAUCCAGCAUCACCGUUCCUGUGCCGUUCCCAGGACGCUCGUUCGAUAAUUUGAUUCGAAGCUUCUCCUUGACGAAUGUCCACUUCAAGAUGCCAGAUCCAGCAGCCGAACCUGAUGACCCAGAGUCGAACCCAAGGGUAUCUGGGACCAUCGUAGUUGUCGCUGGGUUGCCCUCCGAGAUGAACUUCUCACUAAAUGUCUCCAAGAUCCGCGCCGAUGCCGACGUAUUCUACAAGGGCGACAAGCUCGGAGAGCUCAACUUGAGAGAAUGGCAGCAAGCGAAUUCGACGCAGACUCCGGCGAAGGGGCUCAGCGAGGCCACGCUGAAGAUUCAGUCUCGUAUCAAUGACGCACCGCUCAACGUGACCGACAUCGAUGUUUUGACGGAUGUCAUUCAGGCGCUGCUCUUCGGCGGCAGAGAGGUCACGCUGAGCGUCAAGGCUCUCGUGGACCUCAAGGUUCACACGGUAUUGGGCGAGCUCGUGGUCAAAGGUGUCCCCGCCGAGGGGAAGAUCCCAGUAAAACCUCCUGGAAAGAACCUCUUGGGUUCUGCCGCACCCAGAGUGGGAAAUGUCGAGAUAAUCGACACAUCUCGCACUUCUAUAUCGCUACAAGCAUUAGUAAACAUCACGAACCCAACCCCGUACUCGGCUCACAUCCCUUUCAUCAGCAUACACGUCGAGAGUAACCGAACGACGAUUGGCGAGGCCUUUGCUGAGAACGUCGACGUUAAACCAGGAAACAACACAAACUUGUCAGUAUCAGCAACAUGGAAUCCGUCAAUGGGCGGAGAUAGCGGCCUCCAACGCGGCCGCGACCUCCUGUCGAAGUAUCUAUCGGGCUACAACACGACCGUCACCAUCCGUACUCACAGCGGCACAAUCCCGUCACUGCCGCUCCUCGGCAGGGCGCUGUCCCGAUUCAACUUCACCCUCCCCGCUCCACGGCUCAGACUCCCCGGAGACGACGACGAUGACGACGAAACACGCUUCAUCCGCGACGCUACCUUCCACGUGCUCUCCUCCACCGCGAGCUUUACGCUGGUCUCGCCGCUCCUGCACAACACGCUGUUUAUCGACCGCGUCAACGCCACGGCUCUGUAUAAUCAUACGGAGCCCAUCGGCAGGAUCGAGUAUGACUUCCCGUUGGCCGUGCCGCCUGGGGUGUCGCAGACGCCCAGGCUGCCGGUUGAUUGGUCAUUGGACUCGGUUGGGUAUGGCAAGUUGAGGGAGGCGCUGGGCGGGAGAAUGAAGCUGGAUGCGAGGGCUGUGGUGGGGGUCAGGCUUGGGAAGUGGAGCGAGACGGUUUGGUAUGUGGGACGGGGAAUUGGAGCCGGUGUUAGGUUUAUGCGAGCUGUCCUGCCCGGCAAGCCCGAGUCGCGGCUGCAGGCCCUGGCGACGGGCUGCUGGGAGAACAAGCGGAUUACCGCCUACAUUACUGGUAACGCCCUCGCCAUGCUGGGCGACCCCGACAAGCUCCUCCAGACGGUCUACGACGACGACCCGGAACCCUUGCAAGCCGUCGCGCUGGACGAAGCAUCGGGCAAGAUUGCGAUCUGCACGAGGCAUGCCGUGAGGGUGUAUCGGCCGCUUGGAGUAGGGAAAGAGGGGGAUGAUGGGAAUAGGCCAGCGAUAUCCCUGUCCUGGGGCGCGUCCGAAGAACUGCUUGUCGCGCAUUCCAGUCUGGAGCUGUACGAGACCUCGGCCAACCUCCCGAGCCCGGAGUGUUCGUGGCGGAAACGGCUCGCCAACCCGGUCCGGCUGGCCAGUCUGUCGUACGACUCGGCGUACAUCGCUUCGGUGGGAGAGUACGACAAGCUGGUCAAAGUGUGGCGCAGGCUGAGCUAUGGCACGGGGGAGGUCCGGUUCGACUUCCUCUACCUGAGGCAUCCGCAGCCCGUGACGGGAAUCCAAUGGCGGCGGCCGCAUCACUCAGAGGGUGAGCUGCGUUGGGCAUUCGUCAUGCACGCGGGGGAUCUUACGGCCGCGACUGAGAAGGCCGUGCAGGAAGGCGCCAAGUCAGAGGAAUAUGCGCCGGCACUGGAACAUCUCAUCACGGUUGCUAACCGGUCUCCGGAAAUUUGCGUCGUUCUCGACGGGCGAGGACGCAUGGCUGCGUGGGCGCUCGAGAACAUCGGUUGCAGGACGAGAAAGCCCAGCAUCUUUAAUGUGGCCCAUGUUACGUCCUCGGAGCUGGACUUCGUCAGGGGCUAUUCGACGGCGGAGAUGCCACAUGUCGAGGCCUACAGCUACUGUCAGUCUGGAGGACACUUACACAUUUUGCUGCACCUUUUCGACGGUAGGAUUGAGGUCUACCGCAGCAAUAUCGCUGCCUUGUUUGACCCGCAUCCAAAAAGAUCCCGCCUGAGCAUGACGAGCCUGUGGACCGGCCAUUCAGCUCCCAUACGAAAGAUCGUGCGCAAUUUCAGCGGCAGGGCCAUCGUCUCGCGGACGGAGCAGGGGCAGAGCGUCAUCUGGAAGCAUGAACUGGACGCCAGGCGGACGGGGCUCUCGCGCCAGGCGGUAAUCGCGCCACAAGGGCACAUCCACAGGAUGUGUCUUCUUAGGAAAGGUCGGUUUGCCGUCUUCCUCCGACAUGAGAAUAUAUCCCUGUGGGACUGCCGGCAGUCAGACACACGGAUGCUGGUUGAGAGCAGAUAUGAUGUACCUGGGAAGCCGCUUUGUUUGUUGAUUCUCCCACGGCCCAAAGUCGAGGACUACACGACAGCACACAUAGCGACCAUCACGUCUGAAAAGCAGGGGAUGGUUUGGGAGGUCAAGUUCCCCUUCUACACCCGCUCCGAGACCUCCACUCCUGCCCUCAACGGAACCAAUGACCAACAGCCCUCGAUCCACGAGUUCGCCAAGUUCACCCUCGAAGAUGCAGGCGACCUCGCCUACGUGCUCCCGGUCGACCCAGCGGGCACCACGCCUCACGUCUCCGGCUUCCUCGACGUCUUUGCCCGCGACGUCGCCAUCUCGUACACCCACUCAGGCCGCGUCGAGUUCUGGACGGCCCGCGUCGGGCACGGCGAUAGGGGCGUCGUCGAGUGGCUGUCAACAAGCUCCAUGGAAACGGGCUUGUGCGAUCCGGCCCUCGUCAGCGGCAGCACGAGCAAGAAGGCGGCGCUCGUCAACUCGGCCCGGUCGGCCCUCACCAUCUGGGACAUCCGCGGCGCGCGCCUCGAGUACAACCAAGAGUUUGAGAAUAGCCACACCAUCCGCGACCUGGACUGGACCGCGACGCCCGACAGGCAGUCCAUCCUGGCCGUCGGGUUCCCGCACCGCGUGGUGCUGCUGUCGCAGAUGCGCUUCGACUACCUCAACCAGGGCCCCGCCUGGGCGCCGAUCCGUGAGAUAUCGAUUCGGGAGUUUACGCCCCAUCCCAUUGGCGACUCGGUCUGGCUUGGGGAUGGACAUCUGGUUAUUGGCGCGGGAAAUCAGUUGUUUGUGCAGGACCGCCAGUUCGACGCGGGCAGCUCGCUGGUCACGAGCCUGAGGCUGCCGCAGCGGAAGGGCGAGGAAAGGCAUUGGGAUCUGUUUGAUGUGGUCCAGAGGCUGAACGGGCCCUUGCCGGUAUUCCACCCGCAGUUUUUGAGCCAGUGUAUUCUGGCUGGGAAGAUUGUGCUGGUGCAUGCAAUUCUGAUGGCGCUGUAUAAGACGCUGAAGUUCUGGGUUGAGGGGGAUAUGGUGGAUGAUUACUUGGGCUUGGAUCUUGCUGACUUUUACGAGGUUGAUCAUACGACCAAGACAUCAACGACGAAAGAUCCCGGGCAGUAUCUCUCGCGACGCAUGUCGUACGACGAAGGGGACGAGCCGUUCUCCGAGGAGGUCGCCGCCGAGAUCAACGAGCGGCUCACGCGCGUCGGGAUCCCGCAGCUGUCGGGCCACGAGCAGAUCCAGCUGGUAGAUAUCGUCGAGUGCGUCGGCAUGGUCGAGAAGCAGCGGCGCUCGCUCGACGAGAACGGGGCGCGCUUCAUGCUCUUCUUCCGGCAGCACGCGCUGCGCAAGGGCAGGACCAACGAGAUACACAUGGGCUGGCGCGAGAUCAACUGGGCCUAUCACUCGACCAGCCAGGACGUGCUGGUGGACUUUGUGACGAAGCAGUGUCACGGGCGGAUGUUGUGGGAGAAUGCGAGGGAGAGCGGGAUCUUCAUGUGGCUGGCGGAUAACGCGGCCGUCAGAGCACAAUUCGAGGUGAUUGCGCGCAACGAGUACACAAAGAAAGAGCUCAAAAACCCGAUCGACUGCAGCUUGUUUUACCUCGCGCUCAGGAAGAAAACGGUGCUGCAGGGCCUAUGGCGCAUGGCGACGUGGAACAAGGAGCAGAGCGCUACUUUGCGGUUCCUGGCGAACAACUUUGAGGAUCCCAAGUGGCGGACGGCGGCGCUCAAGAAUGCCUAUGCCUUGAUGAGCAAGAGACGGUUUGAAUACGCCGCGGCCUUUUUCCUCCUCGCCGACCACCUCCACGACGCAGUCAACGUCUGCCUCAACCAGCUCAAAGACCUGCAGCUAGCCAUCGCCGUGGCGCGCGUCUACGAGGGCGACACCAGCCCGGUUUUUCGCCGCCUUCUCGAAGAGGAAGUCCUCAGUAUCGCGGCACAGAAGGGGAAUCGGUGGCUGGCCUCGUGGGCGUUCUGGAUGCUGCACCGCAGGGACAUGGCUGUGCGCGCUCUGAUUACGCCCGUGUAUACGCUGCUGGAAACGCCGGGCUCGCCCGACCUGAAGUCGAGGCUGUUUUUGACGGACGACCCGGCGCUGGUCAUCUUGUACAGCCAGCUGCGACAGAAGACGCUGCAGACGUUGCGCGGGGCGAGUAAGGUCACGCCCAAGGUGGAGUGGGACUUUGUGCUGCAUAAUGCGAGGCUGUACGAUCGCAUGGGGUGUGAUUUAUUGGGAUUGGACUUGGUUCGAAACUGGGAGUUCUUCCAGCCAGCGGGCGUCACGGGCAUCGCGGCCGGACUGGGCGGCGAGAUUGACCCGCUCCGCCUGCUAAAGAGGAGGGGGUCGCUGGUUGUUGCCGACAUGCCGGUGCUGUCUCCAAGCACCGUGUCACAUCAGCAGCAGCCGCAGCAGCAUGUGCCGGCCGAGAUGAAGUCGGGCGGGCACCUGCCUAAGCCACCGCAGGCGCCGCCGACGGUAUUUGAGGAGCCGGAUGCGAGCUCGUUGUUGGAUAACUUUGGGUUUUGAGAGGUCGGGAUUGUGGAUUGCUCAGGGAAGUUGGUAACUUCUCAAGUUCAGAAAGGGUGCGCUGCUUGCUGGCUUGAUAUCAUGUCCUUGUGUUGCAUAGGGAGCGGCGUCUUCCCGUAUGGAUAGGUAUAUAUGUACCGUACAUGGCUGUUGUUCUGGAGAAUCGGAUGCACCCAGACGAGGUGCGAGGAGUUUAGGAAUCUUUCCUCCAGGUUGCUUGUGUUCAUUGGUGCUGCGCGGCCGAGUCUCUGACUCGCAAAGGUUCGAGGUAUGAGAGCAGCAUACGCAGCACGGAGUACUACAUAAGUAUGUACAAUAACCGACCUUGUCGGCAUCCGGCCCAGACAAGCGAG